GCUUCCCAGCGCCCGAACCGCCACUGGAUCCUGUUAUUGGCCAACUCUUGGACCGAGGAGUGUCCCCUCUGGAUAAUCAUCGUAUCUCGGGCUGGAGAGCUGCUGAGAUUUAACACUUCAGCACCUGCUGCCGUUCGGGAAGCAGCCUUGGAGCUUCGGCUUCUUUUUUUUCUCCUGCUUUGGGUACCACACAACCGCCACCGUGUCUCGCCAGCGAGCCAAGAUGUCCAAAGUGGCCAAAUACCGGCGACAAGUUAGUGAAGAUCCAGAUAUAGACAAUUUAUUGUCCACUUUGUCUCCAGAGGAGAUGGAGGAGCUGGAAAAGGAGCUGGAUGUGGUGGAUGCGGACGGGAGCAUCCCUAUGGAGCGCAGUCAGACAAACCAAUCAGAAAACUCCUUACCUGGCCCACAAAACUGUGACACGGCGCUCAGCCACCACGACAAGGACACCAGGAGGCUCCUGCAGCGGGAGCACUCGGUAGACGAAAGCAGGUCAAGCAAGAAUAAGGGAGACAAAACUCAAGAAGAAAAAGGAAAAGAAUCUCCUUCCAAAGAACUGGCCCAGAAACAAGAUGCUAAAGUGGGGAAAGACUCUAAAAAGGAAGAAAGUGUUCAGAAAACAGACCUGAAAGGUAAAGCUGAGACUGAGACCAAGAGCAAAGAGAACAAAGCUAUGAAUGAUAAAGUCAAGGCCAUGGAAAAAAAGCUGAUGGGGAAGGACAAGAAGGAGGAAGAAAAUGGUUCAGUGUUGAAGAAGGACACAGGGAAGAACAAAAAGGAGGAAGAGAAGAGCUCAGAGCUGAAGAAAGAUGCAGGGGAGGAUAAAAAGGAAGAAGAGAACAGCUCGUGUUUUAAAAAGGAGGAUGCAGGGAAGGAUAAAAAGGAAGAAGAGAAGGUCUCAGCAGCAAAGGAGGAGACAGAGAUGGAAAAAAAGCAAGAAGAAAAGGAUUCAGCAUCAAAGGACACAGGGAAGGACAAAAAGGAGGAGAAGAGUUCAGAAUCAAAGAAACAGGCAGAAAAAGACACAAGAGGGGAAGGUAAAAAAGAAAAUUAUAAAAAAGCAGAGGAAAAGGCUUCAGCUGUGAAAAAAACCACGGCAGAUGAGAAUGAUAAAUCCCAGACAGAAGCAGAAAAGGCAGAAAAGGUGGAGGACAAACAGAAGGCCAAGGCAGCAACUGGGAGCAGCCCUUCCUCCAGCAGCUCUGCAGAUCAAGCCAAGGACGAUGAAGCCUCCAGCAUCUUUGAUGAGCUCAUUGAGAAGGUGAAGAACAACGACGCUGAGGUGACCGAGGUCAAUGUGAACAACUCCGACUGCAUCAACAACGAGACCCUGGUGCGCUUCACCGAGGCCCUGGAGUUCAACACUGUGGUCAAGGUGUUUGCCCUGGCAAACACCCGUGCUGAUGACCACGUGGCCUUUGCCAUUGCCAUAAUGCUCAAGUCCAACAAGGUACUGACAAGCAUCAACUUGGACUCCAACCACAUCACAGGCAAGGGUAUCCUGGCCAUUUUCCGGGCCCUGUUGCAGAACAACACACUGACAGAGCUACGUUUCCACAACCAGCGGCACAUCUGUGGGGGGAAAACAGAAAUGGAGAUUGCCAAGCUUCUGAAAGAGAACACCACACUUCUGAAGCUGGGUUACCACUUCGAGCUGGCUGGGCCACGCAUGACUGUCACUAACCUGCUGAGCCGAAACAUGGACAGGCAGAGGCAGAAACGCCUCCAGGAGCAGAAACUGGCACAGGAACGGGGGGAGAAGAAAGACCUCCUGGAGGUGCCCAAGCCUGGAGCACUGACGAAGGAGUCCCCCAAGGCAUCCCCACAGCCAUCCCCCAAGGCUUCCCCCAAAAGUUCUCCCAAGAAAGGAGGGGCACCCACCAUGCCACCCCCACCUCCUCCUCCACUUGCCCCACCACUGAUGAUCAACGAGAACCUGAAGAACUCACUCUCGCCAGCCACACAGAGGAAGUUGGGAGACCGGGCGCUGCCAGUCCAGGAGAAGAACUCUCGAGACCAGCUCCUGGCAGCCAUUCGCUCCAGCAACCUCAAACAGCUCAAGAAGGUGGAAUUGCCGAAGCUGCUGCAAUAGGGAGCGUGAGGAUUUUUCCCCUGCAGCCCAUGGCAGACCCCCAGACACUCACCUUUCUCAUGACAAGCCCUUUGGAACCUGCAGUGACCGACGCCAAGGAACAGGGAUCUCUCUGGGACACGGAGGAUGGGCCAGGCCCAGCAGGACAUGAUGGAGGAGGUUGUAUUUAUUUUUUGAUGGUUGUGAAGCCUUCAGGCUCACUCUUCUACCAGCACUGUGCCCCACCGGAGAUGCCAAGAAUAGAGCAGGGGUCUGCAGAACUGAUCCUUAUGGAAAUCCCCCAUCAGAGCAUAACAAAGGGGUUUGGCACCCCACUCUAUCCAGGGUCCAGCCUGGGGUGAGCAACAGUACCCCCUGCGUUGGGGGGGAGCAGGGGACUCCCAGACCAUCAUCACAUCACCACAAGGUUUCUGGGUGUCCAGCAGAGUUUUGAGAUUCAGGCACAGCAGUGGCUGCAGAGUCGGGGAUUCAGGCUUGACGUCAGGAGCAAUGGGAGUGUGGGAGAAGGGAGCAGCCAGGGAGAGAAGGAGCAUGGAAGUGGUGGGACACAGGGAGCCAGGCUGGGGCCAGGAGCUCGGGGCAUCUUGUAUGCACCCAUAGCACUGCAGGGGGACCCCCAGAACCCUCAGAGCAUGGAAACCAAAUCCGCCUCAGAGAGAGCAGGGAAAUCACCAGCUCGGGGGGGGGGGGGGUAGUGGGUUUUGGGGUCACGUGAUGCCCAUCCUCCUCCCCUGCCAUCCUUCCUGUCGUGGCACCUUGAUCACGAUUUGUAUGACUGUGGCCACUGCAUCAGCAAUAAAGCUCACCCAAUGCUU